AUGCCUAGAAAGGCAACUCUAUUGAAGUCUUUAAGUAGGGGCCGUAUCCGUGCUUCUUUCAACAAAUAUAACCUUUUCAAUCUUUACAAGAAGGGAAGAAUUGAUUUUAAAUCCAAGACAUUAUAUCAACAAAAAUGGUCUGCGAAACAAGAAACUAGAGCAUACCAUGGUGAACAUAUUACUGAAUCGCGUUGGCAAAUGUUUUUCAAUCCCAAAUUGAAAUCAGUGGCUCAAUUAGAUGCUUCAUUACGAACCUCCACUUCCUCGAAAAACCAAAUUGAACCUACACCUUUCUUGAUGCAGACAUAUGCGGUUCUCGAGAAAAGAUUGGAUUUUGCCAUUUUUAGAGCCAUGUUUGCAUCAUCAGUAAGACAAGCAAGACAGUUCAUCUUACAUGGGAAUGUACGUGUUAAUGGUAUUAAGAUUAAACAUCCUGGGUUCACUUUGAAACCUGGAGAUACGUUUAGUGUUCAUUCUAGUAAAGUUUUACAAGCUAUGGGUGCUAAGAAGCCAAGUUUUGAAGAAGCUUUGAGAGUUGAUAAGAAACAAAUUGUGUUGUGGAAUAAAUAUGUGAAAGAAGCCAAGGAGAAUCCAAGAUCUGUUUGGGAAGCCAAGAUCAAGAAAUAUCAAGGGUUGGAUGAAUCUAACUCAAAGAAGAUGAAAUAUUUGGAAUUUUUGGAAAUGUAUAAUAAGAAUUUGGAAAUUGAACAACGUAUUGAGUUACAAAAUUCUACACCGGAAAAGCUUUUGACUAAGAUAUUGGAAAUUCAAGCCAAGGAAGGUGACAAAAUGUUAUCUGCUAAAUCUUUUGAAAAAAUUGUAGACAAGGAUCCACUUUUAGUGCAAGAAGUGUAUAAAUGCUAUCAAGAGUUUUUAAAUUCCGAUAAAUUAGACCAUGCUACAUUAAAGAAUAGAUCUUUGAAAGAAUUGCAACAACUUUCUUCUCAAUUGGUAAGUCAACCUAAGGAAUUCAAGGAGAAUUUGUCUGACAAAGCUAAAAAAUCUAUAAGGCAAGGUAUUACAGACCUCUCAACGAUUGCAAAGAAAUAUCAAACCUCCAUAUCUCAAUUUUAUAGAACAAACAAAGCAGCAAAUAAUGAAGCCACGGGGAUCCCCUUCCAUGCCAACUGGACAAACAGGUUAAUCAGUCACUUACCAUUGAAUGUUUCUGAGAUACGAGAAAAGGGAGAGAAGGAAAGCCGCAAGAUAAUAAAUUUACCAUGGCAACGUAAUUAUUUUUUUGGUCGCCAAGAUCCCACUAAACCAUAUUUUACACCAUGGAAACCAAGACCAUUCUUGGCACCAUUUUCCAUCUUACCACAUCAUUUAGAGGUGUCUUUUAAGACUUGUCAUGCUGUAUAUUUGAGGGAUCCUGUGGCACGCCCUGGUCAUUCAGAAGUUAUUUCUCUAUUUGAUUUACCAGUUCAUGAAAGAGCUUAUAUGUAUUAUGUUAGGAAUGGUAAAUAA